CAAACCUGAAAAUCCCAAUUAUCCAUUUUUGUUCCCUUUAACUUUCACCAUCAAAAAAUUUUCCCCUUUAUCUGUGUUUCUUCCCCAAUUCAAGAAACCUAUUAUUGGUUUAAAGGUCAGUUUUUUAUCACUCUUUUUGGUCUUAUUUAGACAUAUAUGCUAUUGUUCUUCCUCAAUUUAAUAUGGGUAUCUGCUAAAAAUUUGUAAUAUUUGGUAUUUACUAAAAAGUUUUGAUUUUGGGUAUUUGCUCAAAAAGUUGUAAUUUUUAGUAUUUACUAAAAAGUUGUAAGUUUGGGUAUUUGCUAAAAAGUUGUGAUUUUGAGGAUACCCUUUAGCUUUUCUUGGACAAAUUCUUGGCCAAUUUGAGUGGUGAAUUUAACUUUUAUAUGGAUUUGUGGUAAAGAGCUGUAAUUUGGGGUUUUGGGUAUUUAAGUUGUUGUGAAUGUGAUUUUUGAGCUUCUUAAAGUUUGUUGAAUUGAGUGGUGGAGUUAGUUUUUAUUUGAUGAUGCCACAACCAAGAAGAAAAAAGUGGACUGAGGCAGAAGAAAGAACUUUAAUUGAUAAGUAUGGUGAGAUGUUAUGUGAUGGGAGUUUAGCUAAGAUGAAAACUAGGGAAAAGAAGUAUAGACCUAUUGCUUUACAUGUAAAUUCUGUGCACCAUGUUCGUGAUCCGAUCACGUAUCCAUGGCAAUGGACUUGGAAGGAUGUGUCAACUAAAGUGCAGAAUAUGAGGCACCAGUAUACAUUAGUGAAGCAGAAGAUUAAGAAGCCAAACUCUGGGGAGGAUGAGUCGGGUGUUGGGGAGGAGUUUGAUUGGAUGGAGGGGUUAACUCAUUGGUCGAACUUCUUGAGGUAUAAGGAAGUGUUUGGGGAUGUGAAUACGCUUGUUUUCAGUUGUAGUGACUCCAUGGCGGUUGUAGGAGACGGGAUUGAAAAUCGUGUGGGAUUUGAUGGGACUGGUAAUGGUAUCGGGAUUGAUCAAUUCGGGCAUCUAGGUCAUGCUGGCGACGGUGAUUUUGCCGGAGGUAUUAAUGGGGUGGAUCAUGGUGUUACCGGUAUGGAGUUUGAUUAUGAUGGGGAAGAAGGAGAGGGGAAUUUCAAUGGUAAUAUUAGGAGGAAUAGUCAUAUGAAGGAAGAUGUGGACGAUGGAUUUGUUUACGAAGAUAUCGAGGCAACUGGAUCCGAUACGAGAAAGAAGAAGAAGAUGUUGAAAGGGGUAGAGAAGAGGGCAUGGGGUUUUCUUGCAACGCAGUUGGCACACUUAAAGGAAAUGGAAGCUCGGUUCGAGCAACGUGAUGCUGAGAGAGAGCGGGAGAGGCAGAGGAGAGAACAUCUUAGAACGGAACUUGAACAAGAACGUGAGAGAAAAUGGGAGGAAAGAGAAAGAGAGAGGGAAGAAAGGGAGAAAACGAUGGAGAAGUUGCAGAGACAGAGAAUUCAAGAAUGGGAAAUAAUGGAGAAGGAAAGUGAGGAGAGAGAGAGGAGGAGAAGAGAGGAACAACUUAUAUUUGAAAGAGAACGUGAAGAAAGAAUGAACAAGAGGAGAUUAGACUGGAAGAAGAGGAUUGACGAGACGUUAGGUCAGCAUCGCGCUGAUAUGAGCCAGAUCCAGACUCGAAUACUUCACGAACAACAAAAUCUUACUAGUCAGCUGCUCGGAAUUUUUUCUCAGUGGACUGGUCAUCCAACCGGGAUUUCUGAUCACACAGGAGCUAACCAUUAUCUUUCACAAAUGAUACAAAACUUGCACCAUGUGAAUGGUAUGGUUCAUGGCGAUGCAAGAGUUGAAGGAGAUGCUCAAGAAGAUCAAUUUAUUGUAGAUGGAUGAAUAAAAGGAUGUCUUUUAUUAUUUACAUCGAUCACCUGAAGAGGAAAGGUGCAUUUAGCCUUGCAAGACAUGAACAAGUGUAAAGGUUUUCUCAGACGACGAAUAUCAUAUGCUCAAGGACUCAUACAACAAUAACUACGCGUCAAUUCCAAGAAAGUUGGGAUCGGCUAUAUGCUCAAGAACUGUAUAAAAUAACAAAACUUUUGGGAUGAGUUA